AUGUGCAGGAAGUUGUGGAUCAGAGCAUGCCAAGGGCAGGUCCCAGAAGAUUGUGUCUACACCCAAUAUCAUCCAAUGGAAGAGAUUUAUCAAUGGAUAACUCAGAUCCAGAAGAACCACAGUGGGCUGGUGACUCAGCACUACCUGGGGAAGACAAUCGAGAACCGAACAAUGUAUUAUCUGCAGAUGAUCAUUUUUACACUCUCUCAUAUCAAUCAACCAUCAGAUAAAACCAAAAAGAUCAUUUGGAUGGACUGUGGGAUUCAUGCCAGAGAAUGGAUCUCUCCAGUCUUCUGCCACUGGUUUGUGAAAGAAGUUCUCUGCUCAGUCUUCUGUAUUUUUUCUUUUCGGAUUAUUCAAAAUUACAAAUAUGACCCAAAGAUAAGCAGAUUUCUGCAGAAUUUGGACCUCUGUGUCUUGCCAGUCAUCAAUAUUGAUGGCUACAUCUAUUCCUGGGAAAAAGAUCAUUUGUGGAGGAAAAACCGUUCUCCACAUAUGAAUGGCACCUGCUACAGGACAGACCUGAACUGAAACUUCAAUUCCUCCUGGGGUAUUGGUGUUUCUUAUAACUGCAGCAGUAAAAUCUUCUGUGGAUCUGGACCAGCAUCAGAGCCUGAGACAAGAGCUGUGGCUCAGUUUAUCGAAAGGAAGAAGAGUGACAUUUUGUGCUAUUUAACAAUUCACUCCUACAGACAGUACAUCCUCACUCCGUAUGGUUCCACAACUAAACCUCCAAGUAACAGUGAAGAACUGAUGCAUGUUGCAGAGAAAGCAGCUGCUGCCCUGAUGGGAAAGUAUGGGACUAGCUAUGAAGUAGAAUCAACCUCUUUAAUUUUAUACAGUAACUCAGGCUUCUCAUGGGACUGGGCUCACAUGAUUGGCAUUCCUUUCUCCUACACAUUUGAACUGUGAGACAAGGGUACUCAUGGAUUUGUUCUACCCCCUGACCAGAUCCAACACACAUGUGAGGAGACUAUAUUGCCUGUGACAACUAUCAUAAACUAUGUUGAUCGGAAGUACUUCCCAGAAAAUAUAGGGCCUCGAAAGCUGGUGAAAGGUCAUAAUCAGGCAACCAUCAACAGCAGCCUGAAAUAA